AGCAGCAUCUGUCAAACCUGCAGCUGUGCUGGCCAUGGGAAGGAGUGCAUGGCAGUUCGUCUUGCUAACCUUCGCCUGUGCAUUUUCCUCCUGCUUUGCUGAAGUGGCCCUGCGGGUCAAACUGUCUCCAGAAACCACAUCCUUCCACCAUACGGCUACUUCUGCUCAGCCACUCUCCCUUUAUCAUUCUUCACCCCAUCAAGGCACCACAGUUCAUUUUAACAGCAGAGGCUCUCUUAAAACAACACCCAUAAGCCAUAGAACAACUGUGCAGACAACAGAGCAGCGUCAGGUAACAACGGCACCAGGCCAUCACACGACAGCCCAGGCGGGAGCAACCACCAUACAAGCGACCGGCCAGAAAUCUCCCACGGUGGUAUCCACAACAUCAGCAGACAACACAACUGCAGCUGAUCAGGCUACAACCCAGGCAAUGGAAACGGUUACGCCUGCAGUGAAGAACACAACUGUACACCCUAUGUCCUCAACCAAGCAAGCCAGAACACAUGUGAGCACAGAAAUGACAGUGGCAGCCACAAACACAACCAUAAAGCAUACAACACCAAAUACACAAAUGACAGCUGCAGCCACCACCAUGCAAACUGUAAAGCCCACCACAGGGUCAGGAAAUCAAACAACGGUGCCUAAAAGUCCAACAGCUACAGCCACGACCAACACAACAACCAUUCGUCCAGGGACUCAAACAACCAUCCCAUCUACUACGGUGACACUGAGACCCACUCUUGCACCGCGGCCUUCUCCCAUCCCCACUGGCACAUACACCGUUUCCAGUGGGAACGGGACCUGCAUCAAGGCAGUCAUGGGUUUGCAACUGAUGGCUCAAAAUACACAGACGAAGCAGACGGAGUACACGACUGUCGACCCCAAUGCGACACAGACAUCUGGCAGCUGUGGGAUGGUGCAGUCUGAGCUGAACAUAACUUUCAGUGGAGGGUUUAUAAACUUCACCUUUGUAAAGCAAGCUCCAACGUACUAUGUCAGUAAAAUUGAGAGCAGAUUACAGUUAUCUUCUGAAGGUAUGCUUUACUAUGCAGCCAUACAUGAGAAGCUGUUUACAACAAAGCUGGGGAAUUCCUUUAAGUGUGCCAGCAAGCAAACCUUCAGCUUGGAGAAGAACUUCCAGCUACUCUUCGUUAAUAUGCAGCUGCAGGCAUUUGAUAUUGUUGGUAACCAGUUUGGAAAAGAAGAAGAAUGUUUUCCUGAUAAAAACAGCAAAGCAGCUCCCAUCGCGGUGGGCCUGAGUAUCCUGGGAUUGUUUGUCAUUGUGUUUGCCACAUUCCUGAUUUCCAGAAGAAAGCCACAUAGAGGAUACGAACGUAUCUGA